AUGGACAGCCAGGUAGACCGCACCGCUGAUGGCAUGCCUUCACCCUUUGUAGUACGCAGAGAAUAUAUGGCGAGAAGAAAAUGCCACGCAUAUGAUGAGAACCCCGCUGCAAAAGAGCCUUUGUGCCCGCUCACUCAGCCCACCUUCAAAUUCGACAAUAACAUGGUGGCUGGUGAUAUGCGGCUAUGCGCCCGACAAAUCCAGCGGUACUACCAGGCAGAAUGCGAUACUCCACUCAAGGACGUAUCAAACCGGAAGACUUGGCUCGUGCUGAGCUCUAACCGACCUUUCUCUUGGGUCCUGCGACGAGGAUCGGUUGACAUGGCAGAUAAUCAUGAGGGGACUCAGCAGGAUCAUUCCGCUGUAGAAGAGAAAGCCAACUUCGUCACUCACCAAUUACGCACCCCGCGACCUACUUCGCUGUCAAAAUCUGCACCGACGGUGACGAUACCGCUAGAAACCAACCCAUGGCAGUCUACAGGACCCCAUGUGGCGCCAUCAAGCGAACCAUUACCUCAAGAGCCCCCGGAAGCCCAAUCACACCACGAAUACGCGAGAAGUUGGUCCCCAGCGUUGGGGGAUCAAGCUAAUACAAGCGAUCAAACUCCUACGACAUCCGAAUUUUACGACGACUCGCAGCAACCAACUCGGCGUGCACUCGGCGCUCGGCCCUGGGACCUUCGUGGCAACCAGCAUGAGGGAGCGGCGCGUGAAUCCCCAGUUGAAUCCACCUCACAAGAGUAUGAGAACGAGAGUUGGCUAUAUGGUGCUCCUGCGACUGAGCCUGUCACAGAUUCGCGAAAUGAUAGCCAAGAUCCGCAGACAUAUCAUGAUGUAGAGGAACUUUUGACCCCCGACAACUUCGCCAAGUAUAAGCGAUACAGGAGGAGGGAGAAAAGGGCGGGAAGAGGGUGA